UCCAGUUAGGCAUUCUAGGUCCAACAUCAGUACUGCGUACGAGGGAAGCUAGCGCCCGACUUCAAAUACAUGAUCCUUGGCUAAUCCUCCAGCCUCUUGGGAACGAAGAUAAUAACCUGUACCGGAAUUAGCUAGACACAGACACGAAAACAACGUUGUGGAGAUUUACAUAAGAACAGAUUCGCUGCUGUCGCUUUUCCGAUACAGGUUCCGUCCUCUCGGGUUCGUUGAGGAUGAGGUUCCCGACCAUCAGACGGUGUCCUGGGGAAGGAGAUGGGAAUAAGGAACUCGCUCCACCAUUUAGGAACCCCUUUGUGCAUGACUUGAGAUUCACCCCGCUCGAAAAGGCAAAGAUAGCGUUGAUGACGGUGACUCUGUUCCCCAUCCGGUUGUUCCUGGCAGCCUUCAUGAUGCUGCUGGCCUGGCCCUUCGCCUUCAUCGCCUCUGUGGGACGCAAUGAGAUGGUGGUGGAACCCCAGUCCUUAUGGAGGAAGUUUGUGGACGUUGCUCUGAGGACCAUCAUGCGGGUCAUGUGGUUUGCGGGAGGCUUCCAUUGGAUGACGGUGAAGGGGCGCCAGGCGCUGCCGGCCGAGGCUCCUAUCCUAACGCUGGGACCCCACUCCUCUUACUUUGAUGCCAUCCCCGUCACCAUGUCCAUGUCCUCCAUCGUCAUGAAGGCAGAGAGCAAGGACAUCCCUGUCUGGGGCACCCUGAUCAAAUACAUCAGACCAGUGUUUGUCUCCAGGUCAGACCAGGACUCGCGUAAGAAGACUGUUGAGGAGAUCAAACGCAGAGCCCAAUCUGGAGGAGAAUGGCCUCAGAUAAUGAUUUUCCCAGAGGGAACGUGUACCAACAGGUCCUGUCUCAUCACAUACAAACCAGGAGCGUUUAUUCCAGCAGUGCCAGUUCAGCCUGUGGUGAUAAAAUACCCCAAUAAAAUGGACACGAUCACCUGGACGUGGCAGGGGCCUGGAGCGUUUAAGAUCCUGUGGCUCACACUGUGCCAGCUGCAUAAUGAGUUCAUCAUUGAGUUCCUUCCUGUCUACACUCCAUCAGAAGAGGAGAAGAACAACCCUGCACUGUUUGCUCACAACGUCAGGCGCCUGAUGGCCAAGGCCCUGGACAUCCCCAUUACUGACUACUCGUUUGAAGACUGUCAACUGGCCAUGGCUGAGGGUCAACUCAGACUCCCUGUUGACACCUGCCUGUUGGAGUUCGCCAAGCUGGUCCGGAGACUGGGGUUGAAGCCCCAGAACGUAGAGAAGGUACUGCAGGAGUUUGGUAACAGAGCCAGGAAGAUGGAGGGAGAGAAGCUGGGUCUGGAAGACUUUGCCCACUACCUUGAUGUCCCUGUGUCAGACAUGCUCAGAGACAUCUUCUCCCUCUUCAACGAGCAGGAAGACAACAUGAUAGACAUCAGAGAAUAUGUCAUCGCCUUAUCGGUGGUAUGCAGACCUGCUAAAACACUGGAGACCAUGAAACUGGCCUUCAAGAUGUUUGAGGCGGAGGAGGACGGUGCGAUCACAGUGGCUGAGUUGGCCUGCAUCCUAAAGACGGAGUUAGGAGUAGCUGACCUCAACGUCUCGCGUCUCUUCGCUGCUAUCGACACAGAGGACACAGGGAAACUCACCUUCGACAAGUUCAGGAGCUUUGCAGAGCAGCACCCAAACUUCAGUGAGGACUACCUGUCCACAGACAAUACAGGCCGUAACGGCUGUCCUCACCAGCCCAGCGCCACGCCCAACGCCAAGCCUCAGACCAAUGGCUUCUGCCCUGACUUCAGCCCGCGAGUCAACCACCACGACACAACGACGGACGGCUCAGUGAAGAAACACAACUGAGUCUGAUCGCCACCUCAGGAUCCACCUCUCCUGGUGAGAGAGUGGUGGUGGUGGGGGUUGUUAAUGGGCUAUAUGUAUGGUCAGUCAGAUACACACACACACACACACACACACACACACACACACACACAAUGAGAAAUGUAACCCUUAUUAACCGUAUUCAUAAUGUUUAUACAGUUCAUUUGAUCUUGGUGAUCUGACGUUGUUGUUUUAGCUGAGUUUUUCUGUAUUUGUUCUGAGGAAGGAACAUGCAUUUCAAUGCCAAAAAGAUGGCUAAUGACGAUCGAGGAGAAAUGAAGCGUGAAACACUUGAAGGGCAACACUUAUUACAUUUCCUCCAUGUUGGGGUUUGGGAGUGGUCGAGAGAAAACACCCCAGCCAGGGAAGGGACAACACCCCAGCCAGGGAAGGGACAACACCCCAGCCAGUGAAGGGACAACACCCCAGCCAGGGAAGGGACAACACCCCAGCCAGUGAAGGGACAACACCCCAGCCAGUGAAGGGACAACACCCCAGCCAGGGAAGGGACAACACCCCAGCCAGUGAAGGGACAACACCCCAGCUAGUGAAGGGACAACACCCCAGCCAGUGAAGGGACAACACCCCAGCCAGUGAAGGGACAACACCCCAGCCAGGGAAGGGACAACACCCCAGCCAGUGAAGGGACAACACCCCAGCCAGGGAAGGGACAACACCCCAGCCAGUGAAGGGACAACACCCCAGCCAGGGAAGGGACAACACCCCAGCCAGUGAAGGGACAACACCCCAGCCAGUGAAGGGACAACACCCCAGCCAGUGAAGGGACAACACCCCAGCCAGUGAAGGGACAACACCCCAGCCAGUGAAGGGACAACACCCCAGCCAGUGAAGGGACAACACCCCAGCCAGUGAAGGGACAACACCCCAGCCAGUGAAGGGAACUAUAGUUUUGAGUGAAUUCAGUGUUUCUAUUUGUUUUAUCUUCUUCUAUCUAAUAGAAGUGGCCAUUUUAAAUGGAAGGUUUGAGUCUGCAUGGUGCUUUACUGUCAGUGAGCAGUAUUGAGGGAGUGUGACUGAAUAGAACAGCCUUGAAGCACCAGUGACAUUGUCUUCGGCCACUUUGGCUUUGAUUGAACUUUUGAGGUGCAAUAUGGCUGAUGUAAGAUGUAGGAUCUUAAUUUGAGACAGUUUGCUACAGCAGGAAAAUAAUCCUGUAGCAACAGGAAAUGUGAAUUAUUAUAUGGAUUAUAAUUAAUGGUAAUUGUUGGGAAGGUUAAUACAUCAAUAUAUAAAAUAAGGGAAAAUAAAGUCUAACAUUUCUAAGUGGAAAUUACAAACUUCAAAAGCCAUUUUAAACCUAAAAUACACUAUACAUUUUAAAUGCAGGAAAGUUCUCCUGAAACAGGGUGAUCAAAGGAAGAUCCUACACCUGUAAAAUGGGUCAGAUUUAAGGUGUGAUAUGGCUGAUAUCAGAGGGGUCAGAUUUAAGGUGUGAUAUGGCUGAUAUCAGAGGGGUCAGAUUUAAGGUGUGAUAUGGCUGAUAUCAGAGGAGUCAGAUUUAAGGUGUGAUAUGGCUGAUAUCAGAGGAGUCAGAUUUAAGGUGUGAUAUGGCUGAUAUCAGAGGGGUCAGAUUUGACCAGAGACCCCUAAGGGCCCUAUGUAGGGAACAGGGUGUCAUUAGACACUGACCCAUGGUUCCUCUCUCCUCCCUGGCCAUUAGAGACUGACCCAUGGUUCCUCUCUCCUCCCUGGCCAUUAGAGACUGACCCAUGGUUCCUCUCUCCUCCCUGGCCAUUAGAGACUGACCCAUGGUUCCUCUCUCCUCCCUGGCCAUUAGAGACUGACCCAUGGUUCCUCUCUCCUCCCUGGCCAU